CUCUCUUUCUCAUCUGUUCCGGCUAGCUCCACCGAACCAGUGCCCGGGCUCUGCUGGAGCCGGGGUUCCCCCUGUUGCGCAUGCGCCUGGCUAGUGUUUCCCUAAGUAAGAUGGCGGCGGGGAGACUGUUUGCAGAGCCGAAGUGAAGGGAGAAAGAAGGGGGGCGGUGACCGCAGCAGGUAGAAGUGUGGCGAGGGCAAAGGCCGGCAGGGUCGGAGUGGUACUGACUUGAGGCCGGCACAGAGUGGCCCACCGGGGGGUGGUGGUGGUUCCUCAGCCUCUCUCCCACUUGGGAAUGAGGAGUCGGGGUGGCGGGGCGAGAGGGACCAGCCCCCUUCUCUCCUGCCACGGUCGCCGCCGUUGCCUGUGAGGAGAAGAGAGGGUCCCGCACGGCCUUCCCGGCGCCCCGGAUGUGGGGGCGCCUUCCUCCCAGUUCCUUGGAGGGGCCGAGCCCCCCCAGCGCCGGCCGCGACGGAGGCAGCGGCAGAGUCCCGGGGGCUGCAGCGGCUGCAGCGCUGCUCGGUGCGAAGAGCGGCCCGGCGGGCAGAUAUAACACUGUAUGGAGGCAGGGGGAAUCUAAUUUUUCUUCUUGGUCCUGGGGUAGCCCAGAAUGGCUGCAGUGUCAUAUGAUCAGUUGCUAAAACAAGUAGAGGCGUUAAAAAUGGAGAAUUCAAACCUUCGACAAGAACUGGAAGAUAAUUCAAAUCAUCUUACAAAACUGGAAACUGAAGCAUCUAAUAUGAAGGAGGUGCUGAAGCAGUUACAAGGAAGUAUUGAAGAUGAGGCCAUGGCUUCCUCUGGACAGAUCGAUUUGCUAGAGCGUCUUAAAGAACUGAACUUGGACAGCAGUAACUUCCCUGGAGUGAAGCUAAGGCCAAAGAUAUCCAUGCGUUCAUAUGGAAGCAGGGAAGGAUCAGUUUCUGGCCGAUCAGGAGAGUGCAGCCCUGUCCCCAUGGGAUCAUUUCCCAGAAGAGGUUUUAUGAAUGGAAGCAGAGAGAGCACCGGCUAUUUAGAGGAAUUAGAGAAAGAGAGAUCGCUCUUGCUUGCUGAGCUUGAAAAGGAAGAAAAAGAAAAAGACUGGUAUUACGCACAGCUUCAGAAUUUAACUAAGAGAAUAGAUAGUCUUCCUCUAACUGAAAGUUUCUCUUUGCAGACAGACAUGACUAGAAGACAGUUGGAAUAUGAGGCAAGGCAGAUUAGAGCUGCCAUGGAAGAACAGCUUGGCACUUGCCAGGACAUGGAGAAGAGGGCACAGGAAGCCUCAAGAAGUUUAACCUGUGUACAGGUGAGAGUGGCCAGAAUUCAACAAAUUGAGAAGGAUAUUCUACGUAUAAGACAGCUUCUGCAGUCCCAGGUUUCUGAAGGAGAGAGGGUACCUCCAAGCAAGCAUGAUGCCAGUUUGCAUGAAAGUGAGAGGCAAAAUGAAGGGCAAGGAGCAGCAGAAAUCAGCGUGGCAACUGCUGGCAGUAGCCAGGGGUCAGCUGUCCGGAUGGAUCAUGAGGCAUCUAGUGUUAUGAAUUCUAACAGUAGUUAUUCAGUUCCUCGAAGACUGACAAGUCACCUGGGUACCAAGGUUGAAAUGGUGUAUUCAUUGUUGUCAAUGUUGGGUACACAUGACAAAGAUGACAUGUCACGAACUUUGCUAGCCAUGUCUAGCUCCCAAGACAGCUGCAUAGCAAUGCGUCAGUCCGGAUGCCUUCCUCUCCUCAUCCAACUUCUGCAUGGCAACGAUAAAGAUUCUGUGUUGUUGGGAAACUCCAGGGGUAGUAAGGAAGCCCGUGCCAGAGCCAGUGCAGCACUGCAUAAUAUCAUUCACUCCCAGCCUGAUGAUAAACGAGGCAGACGAGAAAUACGUGUUCUCCAUCUUUUAGAACAAAUCCGAGCUUACUGUGAAACAUGUUGGGAAUGGCAAGAAGCACAUGAUCAGGGCAUGGACCAAGACAAAAAUCCAAUGCCGGCUCCAGUGGACCAUCAGAUCUGUCCUGCGGUAUGUGUUCUAAUGAAGCUUUCCUUUGAUGAAGAGCAUCGGCAUGCAAUGAAUGAACUUGGAGGCUUGCAGGCUAUUGCAGAACUCCUGCAGGUAGACUGCGAAAUGUAUGGACUUACUAAUGACCACUAUAGUGUCACAUUAAGAAGAUAUGCUGGAAUGGCUCUGACGAAUUUAACUUUCGGAGAUGUAGCCAAUAAGGCUACCCUUUGUUCUAUGAAGAGCUGUAUGAAGGCUCUUGUAGCCCAGUUAAAAUCUGAAAGUGAAGAUUUGCAACAGGUCAUUGCAAGUGUCUUAAGAAACUUGUCUUGGCGAGCAGAUGUCAACAGUAAGAAGACAUUGCGUGAAGUUGGAAGUGUUAAAGCAUUGAUGGAGUGUGCUUUAGAAGUUAAAAAGGAAUCAACCCUAAAAAGUGUAUUGAGUGCCUUGUGGAAUUUGUCAGCACACUGCACUGAGAAUAAAGCCGAUAUCUGUGCUGUGGAUGGUGCUCUUGCCUUUUUAGUUGGCACACUGACUUACCGGAGCCAAACAAACACUUUAGCAAUCAUUGAAAGUGGAGGAGGAAUACUCCGUAAUGUCUCUAGCUUAAUUGCUACAAAUGAGGACCACAGGCAAAUUCUAAGAGAGAACAGCUGCUUGCAAACCCUUUUACAUCACUUGAAGUCUCACAGUUUGACAAUAGUCAGUAAUGCAUGUGGAACUCUGUGGAAUCUCUCUGCACGGAAUGCAAAGGACCAGGAAGCAUUAUGGGACAUGGGAGCGGUUAGCAUGCUAAAAAAUCUCAUACAUUCAAAGCACAAGAUGAUAGCCAUGGGCAGUGCUGCAGCUCUGAGGAACCUAAUGGCAAACAGACCUGCAAAAUAUAAAGAUGCAAACAUUAUGUCCCCAGGAUCAAGCUUGCCAUCUCUUCAUGUCAGAAAACAAAAGGCACUGGAAGCAGAGUUAGAUGCCCAACAUUUAUCUGAGACUUUUGACAAUAUUGAUAACUUAAGUCCCAAAACAUCUCACCGUAAUAAGCAAAGGCAUAAACAGAAUCUGUACAGUGAAUAUGUUUUGGAUGGUAAUCGGCAUGAAGAUGGAGUUUGUAGGUCAGAAAAUUAUAAUAGUAGUAACGUACUUUCACCUUAUUUAAACACGACAGUACUGCCUGCUUCCUCUUCCUCAAGCAGAGGAAAUACUGAGAGUUCUCGGUCUGAAAAGGACAGAAGUUUGGAUAGAGAGCGGGCAGUAGGAUUGAGCAACUAUCACUCAGCAACAGAAAAUUCUGGGAGCUCUUCUAAACGAAUAGGAAUGCAGAUCUCUACUACUGCAGCCCAGAUUUCGAAAGUGAUGGAAGAAGUGACAAAUAUGCAUGUUCCACAAGAAGAGAGAAGUAAUGGAUCUGUAACUGAAAUGCACUGUUUGUCUGAAGACAGAAAUGGUUUAAGAAGAACAGCCACUGGCCAUUCUCACACAAAUAAUUACAACUUUCCUAAAUCUGAAAACAGGACAUGCUCUGUACCUUAUGCAAAAGUAGAGUAUAAGAGAGCCUCUAAUGAUAGUUUAAACAGUGUCAGCAGCAGUGAUGGGUAUGGUAAAAGAGGACAAAUGAAGCCUAUUGAAUCUUAUUCUGAAGAUGAAGAAAGCAAAUUCUGCAAUUAUGAACAGUAUCCUGCAGAUUUAGCCCAUAAAAUACACAGUGCUAAUCAUAUGGAUGACAAUGAUGGAGAACUCGAUACCCCAAUAAAUUACAGCCUGAAGUACUCUGAUGAACAGUUAAAUUCUGGAAGGCAGAGCCCAUCUCAGAAUGAAAGAUGGGCUAGAUCCAAACAUAUUAUAGAGGACGAAACAAAGCAGAAUGAACAAAGACAAUCCAGAAGUCAAAGUGGUGCAUACCCUGUGUACUCUGAAACUGGAGAUAAUAAACAUAUGAGCUACCAGUCACCUUUUGGACAGCCAGAGUGUGUCUCUCCUUUUAGAUCAAGAGACUCCAGCAAUUCAGAACAAAACAGAACAGGCUGCAAUCAUGGAAUAAAUCCAAAUGUGAACCAGUCUUUACAUCAAGUUGAUGAUUAUGAAGAUGAUAAGCCAACCAACUAUAGCGAGCGUUACUCUGAGGAGGAGCAACAUGAAGAGGAAGACCAUCCAACUAAUUAUAGUAUAAAAUACAAUGAAGAGGAGCAUCAUGUAGAUCAGCCUAUUGAUUACAGUCUUAAAUAUUCAACAGAUGUUCCUCCUUCAGCACAAAAGCCAUCUUUUUCUUUUUCAAAAAGUCCAUCUGUACAGAGUUCUAAAACUGAUCAUAUUUCAUCAAGCAGUGGAAAUACAUCAACCUCGGCUGGCUCAAAGAGACAUAACCAGCUGCUUCCAAAUUCUGCUCAGAGUAGGACAGUUCAUACUCAGAAGUCUGCAUCCUGCAAAGCACCCUCCAUUAACCAGGAAACAAUACAGACCUAUUGUGUGGAAGAUACACCAAUAUGUUUUUCAAGAUGUAGCUCUCUGUCAUCGUUGUCUUCAGCUGAAGAUGAAACUGGACGUGACCAAACAACACGUGUAGUGGAUACUGACAAUUCUCACAAGAUAGGGGGAAUGAAAGAAAAUAGUGGGAAUCUGUCUGCCACAGGUACUGUAAAUGAGACCUCAUCAACCUCUCCACACAUUCGAACAAAAUCAAAUAGGCUUCAGGCUUCUAAUCUAUCUCCUUCUGAUUCAGCAAGACAUAAAACUGUUGAAUUUUCUUCAGGUGCCAAAUCUCCUUCAAAAAGUGGUGCUCAGACUCCCAAGAGCCCACCAGAACAUUAUGUGCAGGAGACUCCACUCAUGUUUAGCAGAUGUACCUCUGUGAGCUCCUUGGAUAGUUUUGAGAGCCGUUCAAUUGCUAGCUCUGUUCAGAGUGAGCCUUGCAGCGGGAUGGUAAGUGGUAUUAUAAGUCCAAGUGACCUUCCAGAUAGUCCUGGGCAAACAAUGCCACCAAGUAGAAGUAAAACUCCACCACCUCCACAGGUGGCACAAGUGAAGAGAGAAGCAGCCAAAGCUAAAGUUCCCAGUACUGAAAAAAGAGAAUCUGGGCCGAGGCAAACAACUGUGAAUGCAGCUGUUCAAAGAGUACAAGUAUUGCAAGACGCAGACACUUUGUUACAUUUUGCUACAGAAAGUACACCAGAUGGCUUUUCUUGUUCAUCAAGUCUAAGUGCCUUGAGUCUUGAUGAACCAUUUAUACAAAAAGAUGUAGAGUUGAGAAUAAUGCCCCCAGUACAUGAAAAUGACAAUGGGAAUGAAGCAGAACUUGAACAACCAAAUGAAACAGCAGAUAAACAAGAAAAUAUUACAGAAAAACCCACAGAAACUGAAAAAAAUAUACUGGAUGAUUCUGAUGAAGAUGAUAUAGAAAUAUUGGAAGAAUGUAUUAUUUCUGCUAUGCCAACAAAAUCUUCACGUAAAGCCAAAAAGCCUUCACAGAUAACUACUUCAAAAACACCUCCACCUGUCGCUAGGAAACCGAGCCAGCUUCCUGUAUAUAAACUUAUCCCGUCCCAAAGCAGGUUGCAUUCUCAGAAGCAUGUUAGCUUCACACCUGGAGAUGAUAUGCCACGUGUGUAUUGUGUUGAAGGAACACCAAUAAAUUUUUCAACUGCAACUUCAUUGAGUGACCUUACAAUAGAAUCACCACCAAACGAACUGGCCAAUACAGAGACUGCUGAUACAGGGGUAGACUCAACCAAGUUUGAAAAGAGAGAUACCAUUCCCACAGAAGGCAGAAAUACUGAUGAUUCUCAGAGAGGAAAAAAUGUAGUGGGGAUUACUGCUGGGUUAGAUGAUGAUAAAGCAGAAGAAGGUGAUGAUAUCCUGGCAGAAUGUAUUAAUUCUGCUAUGCCAAAAGGGAAAAGUCACAAGCCUUUCAGAGUGAAAAAGAUAAUGGAUCAGAUCCAGCAAGCAUCGACAACCUCAUCAGUAGGUAAUAAAAAUCAACUGGAAGUUGAGAAAAAGAAACCAACAUCACCAGUAAAACCCAUGUCUCUUAGUAAUGACUACAGAGCGCGUUUACGAAAAACCUCCGAGCCAAAAAGUAAUUUUAGUAGUGAACGGGCCUAUACCGACAACAAAGAUACAAAGAAGCAAAACCCUAAAAACAACUCAAGAGAUUUUAAUGAUAAACUUCCAAAUAAUGAAGAACGUACAAGAGGAAGCUUUGCAUUUGAUUCUCCCCACCACUACACUCCAAUUGAGGGAACACCAUAUUGUUUUUCACGAAAUGACUCUUUGAGUUCUCUUGAUUUUGAUGAUGAUGUGGAUCUUUCAAGAGAAAAAGCAGAACUGAGAAAGGAUAAGGAAAGUGAAAAUAAAUCCAGCAGCAAUGCAGACCAGGUUUCAAAUCAGCAAUCAACAAGUAGAAUGCAGGCUUGUCAAAAACAUACCCCAGGAGGAAGAAGCCAAUCAAAGUCAUUGGGGCAGAAACAAAUCCCAUUCUCUCAGUCAUCCAAAGAUAUUGCAGACAGGAGUGCUGUUACAGAUGAGAAAACACAAAAUUUUGCAAUAGAAAAUACUCCUGUUUGUUUCUCCCGUAAUUCUUCUCUGAGUUCCCUCAGUGAUAUUGAUCAAGAAAACAAUAACAACAAAGAAAAUGAAUCUAUAGAACAAAUAGAACCAUCUGGUGCACAGAUGGAAUCAAGUAGGCCCCAAGUUUCUGGCUAUGCUCCUAAAUCAUUCCAUGUUGAAGAUACUCCUGUAUGUUUUUCAAGAAACAGUUCCCUUAGUUCUCUUAGUAUUGAUUCAGAAGAUGAUCUUCUGCAAGAAUGUAUUAGUUCUGCCAUGCCUAAAAAGAAAAAGCCUUCAAGAGCAAAAGGGGACAAUGAAAAGAAUAGCUCUAGAAGCAUGGGAGGCAUUUUGGCAGAAGACCUGACACUAGAUUUGAAAGAUAUACAAAGACCUGAUUCAGAGCAUGGUUUUUCACCCGAUUCAGAAAAUUUUGACUGGAAAGCUAUUCAGGAGGGUGCAAAUUCUAUCGUUAGCAGCCUGCAUCAAGCUGCUGCUGCAGCAUCACUGUCUAGGCAAGCUUCAUCAGAUUCAGAUUCAAUCCUUUCGUUAAAAUCUGGCAUUUCCUUGGGAUCACCAUUUCAUCUUACACCAGACCAAGAAGACAAACCUUUUACUAGUAACAAGGGUCCAAGAAUUAUUAAACCGGGAGAAAAGAGUACAUUGGAAACAAAGAAAGUAGAAUCUGAAAAUAAAGGUAUCAAAGGAGGAAAGAAGGUAUAUAGAAGUAUGAUUACAGGUAAAGCUCGUUCUAAUUCAGAACUUACAAGUCACUUGAAACAGCCUUCACAAACAAAUAUGCCCUCCAUUUCCCGAGGCAGGACAAUGAUUCAUAUUCCAGGAGUUCGAAAUAGUUCUUCAAGUACAAGUCCAGUUUCUAAAAAAGGGCCACAGCUAAAGGGAACAGCCUCUAAAAGUCCUAAUGAUACCCAAAAUUCUACUAGUUCUCCCAGAGUAACCAAGUCAUCUGUGAAAUCUGAGCCAAGCCCUAUAUCUAGACAGCCAUCUCAACAGGGUGGAUCAAGUAAAGGACCUUCUAGGUCUGGAUCUAGAGAUUCUACACCUUCAAGACCACAGCAACAACAAUUAAGCAGGCCUUUGCCGUCUCCUGGCCGAAAUUCCAUUUCACCAGGCAGAAAUGGCAUAAGUCCUCCUAAUAAACUCUCCCAACUGCCAAGAACAUCAUCUCCAAGUACAGCUUCCACCAAGUCUUCAGGUUCAGGAAGAAUGGCAUAUACAUCACCAGGGAGACAGAUGAGCCAGCAAACUGUGGCAAAACAAACUGCAUUGCCUAAAAGUACUAGUGGCAUUCCUAGAAGUGAAUCGGCCUCAAAAGGAUUAAAUCAAGUUGCUGGUAUCAAUGGAUCAAACAAAAAGGUGGAUCUAUCUAGAAUGUCAUCAACAAAGUCCAGUGGGAGUGAAUCUGAUAGAUCAGAGAGACCUGUUUUAGUACGCCAGUCAACUUUUAUUAAAGAAACUCCAAGUCCCACUCUACGAAGGAAAUUAGAAGAGUCUGCUUCAUUUGAAUCUUUGUCUCCUUCUAGACCAGAUUCACCCACUCAGUCCCAAACACAGACUCCAGUUUUAAGUCCUUCACUUCCUGAUAUGUCUUUAUCUACUCAUUCGGCUAUCCAAGCUAGUGGUUGGCGAAAGCUGCCUCCUAGCCUGAGCCCUUCUUUAGAAUACAGCGAUGGAAGGCCAACAAAGCGACAUGACAUAACCCGAUCUCACUCCGAAAGUCCUUCCAGACUGCCGAUUAAUAGAUCAGGGACAUGGAAGCGUGAGCACAGUAAACACUCCUCAUCACUUCCUCGUGUCAGCACUUGGCGAAGAACUGGAAGUUCUUCCUCAAUUCUUUCAGCCUCCUCAGAGUCCAGUGAAAAAGCAAAAAGUGAGGAUGAGAAGCAACAUGUAAGUUCUUUUUCUGGACUCAAGCAGUCUAAAGAGACUCAAUCAUCAACAAAAGGUACUUGGAGAAAGAUAAAAGAAAAUGAAAUUCCUCAGAUAAUGACGAGUCCUCCUCAGAAUACCUCAUCAGGUGCUACCAACGGUGCUGAUUCAAAAACUUUAAUUUACCAGAUGGCACCUGCUGUUUCUAAGACAGAGGAUGUGUGGGUAAGGAUAGAAGACUGCCCUAUUAAUAAUCCUAGAUCUGGGAAAUCUCCUACAGGAAAUACUCCACCCAUUAUUGACAGUGUUUCAGAGAAAGGGAAUGUGAAUAGUAAAGAGUCUAAGGAUCCUCAUGGGAAACAAAAUGCAGGGAAUGGAAAUGUCAUUGUUCGUACCAUGGGUUUAGAAAGCCGUCUGAAUUCAUUUAUUCAAGUAGAUAGUCAAGAUAAGAAAGGAACUGAAACAAAACCAGUGAUAAGCAAUUCUACCCCUGCUCCAGAGACUAGUGAAAACACAGUUAAUGAGCGUACACCAUUCAGUUCUAGCAGCUCAAGCAAACAUAGUUCCCCCAGUGGUGCUGUUGCAGCACGAGUGACUCCUUUCAAUUAUAAUCCAAGUCCCAGAAAAAGCAGUGUGGAUAAUAGUUCUGUUCGGCCAUCACAGAUACCAACACCAGUAAAUAACAGUACGAAGAAACGAGAUUCAAAAACUGAGAAUACUGAUUCAAGUGGCAGUCAAAGUCCUAAGCGCCAUUCUGGGUCCUAUCUGGUGACUUCUGUUUAACAAAAAAAUUCUGAUGUAUUAUGCUAUAUGUGGAACCUUUUAAGGAAAAUAUAAUAAAUUGUUUUUCUUGUCUUUUUGUAAAUAGAUUUGAUUAUGUAGAGGGUUCUUGUUCUGGAAGCCAUAUUUGAUAUUCUUUAUUUUCACUGAUAAUGUUUGAGGGAUUCCCAACUAAUAAUUUAGCAAUAAAAUUGCUAAAGUGAUUAUAUUUGUACAGUAUGUUUUACAUAUAUUUAAUUAACAUCCCGUAACUUUAAUUUUUGGUGGGUUGGGGGAAUUUGGGGAAGAUGAACAACAGAGAUUCAAAGAAAUCUAUUGCUGUAUUGCUCAUUUCUAGAUUUGCAAAAUGACUCAACUUGCAUCAGGGAGAAAUUGGUAUUUAUGCAAAAAAAAAAGAAAGAAAAAAGAA